CUGUUCACUUCUUCGAUCCGUUUGCCAAAGUCGAAACGUUUCACGAUUUCCUGUCAGAGGUUCACGAGUAAAGGUUGAAGUUCACCAGUUUCGAUGAACUCAUUGGAUGUUUGGAUACUUAGUUGAAGGUGAAUCGCAUCGGUGAAACGUCAACAAGAAGUGGCUGGUUCAGACACGUGUUCACGAAUGAGAGGAAUAAAGAUUGCUUCUCGCGAUCAGGAGGAUCCUUUCAAUAGUACGGAGUAGAAGAUAAAAGAAAACGAUGGAUAGAAUACGACACAGUGUUCUACUCCUCCUUUGUAUUUCUUACGUGUCAUCUAUGGACACUAAUUUCGAGGAAAUUCAUUCGUCUACGGACUCUAAUGAAUCCAACGAUUCUGAAAUUUUAACAGCUGUGCAAACUUACAGACAUCCAAGAGUGUAUCGACGGGGUUACUACGACGAACACGAUUCGAUGUAUCAAGAUGAUCAUCACGAUCAAGAGGAAGAGAACCCGAUGCAAAGCAUGUCGAAAUCGAAGGUCGACUAUUGGGGUGGUUACUAUGAUUUUUUGAUAAACGAGGGAAGUUACAAGUUCUGGGCCGUGUUUCAAUUAGCCACGGCAGCUCUGCUCAUUUACAGCGGCUUUGCCGCGCUUUAUUACGCCAAAGUAAAUCCUCCGACCACGGACGACGAAUUCGACGAUAUUUUACGUCGAAGGAAACGUAGAGAUCUAUCUAUUUUCCCGACGGAUAAAUCAUUUUGCGGUUUAGAUAGCGCCACGUUUCAAAGGAUAAUCGAUGCUGUCGCGAGGGAAAUUCAUUAAUAGAUAGAAAAUCUGGGAAUAAAUAAUGAAAAGAAAAGGAAGAACGUUUUUCGAAGAAUAAUAAAAGGAUCAGGGUGCGAAUGUAGGUACGGUCCUGUAUUUGCGAAAAGGCGCUGGAGGGCCGCUCGUUACGUAGCACUGUUCGACAAGAAAAUUUGCCUCCGAGCUUGAACCGCGCAUAUCGCGCAUACGUAUUCGCAUAUAAAAUUCGUACAGACGGUCGUGCAUAUGUAACCGACCACGUAGCCACCGUUGAUUUAUCGGUCGACAUUUUUUCGACGGAUUUUUAUUACGUUUUGAUCCCUUCGCGCAUACAUUUUAGUAGCAUCUGCUACCGGCGAGGCAGCAACGCGACAUCAUCGUCCAAAUCUACGCUCUUCAACCUCUUCCUCGACAAUAUUUUGUAACCACCAUGAAACCCUUUCCCUUCAAACUGUACAGAUAGGUUUAAACAAAGAAUUUGUAAAAGAAUUCGUGAUCGUAUACCUAAUCGAUGUUGGGUCUUCAUCGAAAAUUGACUUUGUUUAAAAAUGACAAUAAAGAAAUAUUAAAUUUUCAAAUUAGAUUACCCAGGACACACCUGAAGAGAAACGAAAAAGAACAGUCUUUCUCUUGGAAAUUGGCGAGGAAUACGUUGAUCGAGAGUCACCGACCUCGAGCAAUUAUAAAUUGAGUUAUAUUUCUUGCGCGGAACCGUGAAUAAAUUUGGCAGGAUCACGUACGUCGAACCGCAUUGGCCCGGCAGAAAAAUAUGGUAAGCGGUCGGAGAAUAUUUUCGACGGAAUGAUAGGAGAGAAAGGGGCCCCGGUACGGCCCUGCAAAAAUCACCCACAGCGUGUUUUC